AUUUUAAUAAGCUCACCCCAUAAAACUUCCUCCUUUGUCAGUUCACAAUACCAAGAAACCAACAAGAAUCUCACUCUUCACUCUCUCUCUCUCUCUCUAGUGUGUGUGUGUGUGUGUGAGAGAGAGAAAUAAGAAAGGAGUAUCUAUUUAGUAUCUAUCUGUCAAAUGGUAUAGAAAGUGAUACAGUUUGUUGAGGUUGUUUCCAUGGACAAAAAUUUGGAAUGAAAAAGAAAAUGUACUCCAAAUGCGUACAAACACAACAACCUUAUUAGCUCAACAACAAAAUACUAAACAACACAGACAAAUUACACUCUGCACAAAUGGCUUCUUCUUACAAAUCUUCUCACUCUUACAAACAAUCCCCAAUCAUUAUUUUCAUCUUUCUUUCUUUCUUCUUGAUUCUUUCUACUUCAACCUCUCCUGUCUUUUCUGAACCAAAUCUCUCCGGCGGCGGCGGCGGCGGAUUCGUUGGCGCCGCCGCUCCGCCGCCGGCCAACCAAACUUUCCGGCCACUCCAAGAAUUGAAAAAGUUGAAGAGAAUCAGAAGUUACCUCAGGAAAAUCAAUAAACCUUCUGUCAAGACAAUUCAGAGCCCUGAUGGAGAUAUUAUAGAUUGUAUUGAAUCCCAUCUUCAACCAGCUUUUGAUCAUCCUCUACUAAAAGGGCAGAAGCCAUUGGAGCCACCAGAAAGGCCAAAGGGACAAGACUCAUCGGAGAUUCCGGAAACCUCGCAGUCGUGGAGAGACGGCGGCGAAUCGUGCCCCGAAGGAACGGUUCCGAUAAAACGAACAACCGAAAAAGACGUGUUGAGGGCGAACUCCGUCCGUCGAUUCGGAAAGAAAAUCAAACGCGGCGUGCGAAGGGACACAAUGAGCAGUGAUCAUGAGCAUGCAGUAGCAUUUGUGAAUGGAGACGAAUAUUAUGGAGCAAAGGCAAGUAUAAAUGUGUGGGCACCAAUUGUAACAGAUCAAUAUGAAUUCAGUCUUUCUCAACUAUGGGUUAUUUCUGGCUCUUUUGGUAAUGAUCUCAACACCAUUGAAGCUGGUUGGCAGGUGAGCCCGGAGUUAUACGGGGACAACUAUCCUAGGUUCUUCACGUAUUGGACGACGGAUGCUUAUCAAGCGACGGGAUGCUACAAUUUAUUGUGCUCGGGUUUUGUCCAAAUUAAUAAUAAGAUUGCUAUCGGAGCUGCGAUUUCUCCGAGGUCUUCCUACACCAACCGGCAAUUUGAUAUCGGAAUUAUGAUAUGGAAGGAUCCGAAACACGGGCAUUGGUGGUUAGAAUUCGGGCCGGGCCUACUAGUGGGGUAUUGGCCGUCGUUCUUGUUCAGCCAUUUACAAGGGCAUGCGAGCAUGAUACAAUUCGGGGGCGAAAUAGUAAACACCAGAUCGACGGGGCACCACACGAAUACGCAAAUGGGGAGCGGGCAUUUUGCCGACGAAGGAUUUGGGAAAGCUUCGUAUUUUAGAAACUUGCAAGUUGUGGAUUGGGAUAAUAGCUUAAUACCGAUGUCGAAUCUGCAUCUUUUGGCCGAUCACCCUAAUUGCUACGAUAUUAGAGCUGGUAAAAAUAAUGCUUGGGGUAAUUAUUUUUAUUACGGAGGUCCCGGAAAAAACUCUAGGUGUCCAUAAUUAAUCGAUUUUUAUUCAGGUUUUUUUUUUUCGGGUUUAUUCUUUCGAUCUUGUUUAUCGUCACUAGGGUUUUAAUUAGUUAAAUUUAAUUUCUAGAUUAUUUUUCUUGUGAGUUGUUAACAGGUUUUCCUGUUCCCCCAAUCCAGACUUCAUGUAAAUGUGUUUUGAGUUAAGAGAAACUGAUAAUAUACCAAGUUUUUUUUUUUUU